AUGGAGAACGCAAAGAGUUCUCUGCAAUGCUUUGUGGAUGGAAUUGUCGGAGCACUUUUCUACAAGCCUCCUAUUGGUGUCGUCACCCUUGGUACCUUCUAUCACUGGAUCAAAAGAUACCGUCGCCGGCAACAACUAACUCAGAAUGGCGAAGACACAGCAGAUGAUCGCAGACUUACAUUCCGGCGGCGACAUUGUGGACGAGCAUUUACGCUGGAUCUUGAUGAUCAGUCUUAUGUUCUGUUUGGAGGGAUUGAGCGUGUGCGCAGUCAGCUUUUAGUUGCCGCGUUUCAGAGAAUGCGUCAUAUAGUGAAAGGAACAUCAAAUAGGGAUUCGACGCCACUGCCUUACAAAGAUCCAACGGUAUGGUCGCUGGAAGAAGCAUCUCAGUCCACAGACGAUGACGAUGACUACGAGACGAGCAAGUUAAAAAUCGAGCCGUCACCCACUUUCGACGACAUAGCCAGGGAUGUGGCAAGUGCUUUAGAGGUAUACCACUCACCUCGCACAGAUCGAGACCAAUUCAUAAAAGCCGCGAUCGUACCAAUGCUUCGUUUACAGAAUACGUGGCUCUCCUUGCAGGAAUCCGUGGAAGCGAACGUGUCGGUGGGAAGGGACAUUCUUGUCAGUAAUAGUGAUGAGAUUGGGGAGCAAUUCAUGCUUGUCGAAAGUGCGUGUCUUACCGCCCAGGUCCGCCUCGUGGAUGCCUUGAUUCGUGUGGGUAGAGACCGUACUCUGGAGAAAUGCUCGCAGCUGGCUCGCCAACGCGACUACUGGGAGCAUCGAGUGAAGGGAACGCAGCAAUCACAGUUGCAGCAGUGGGCCAGCCACUGGCUUGGAAACGGUACAGCUUUUGCCAGGUAUCGGUAUACUAGUAGCAAGGCUGCAUACAAAACGGAAAUUCGGCGGCUCGAAAAGUUUGUCGCCAUUCUUCUAGAGCGAAAUCCCGAGUGCAAUGAAUCAUCUAUCUUGAACGCUGUACGCGAUUCCGUCGACGCUGGAUCGGCUUGCGUUACUCUGAAAUUUUCUUGGAACGAUUUAGCAUCCUGUCUUUUGUCGUAUGAAAGUUGGAGUAGAGGACUUCAACGAAUAAACGACUAUGUGAAAAGCUUUGCCCACCAUGUUCAAAGUUCGAGGCUGGAUGGAGAAAAGGCAGCACAGUUGCUUUCGGCCGAUAGUACAUAUGAUGCACUGGCGAUGCAAUCAUGGCUUAAAAAAGCAAGAAGUACACUUUGUGAGUGCAUUCGUGAAGCACUAGAAGACAGUACUUACACAAACGGGGCCUGUUCUUCAAUAAGAUUCCAAGAACUCGAAAAGCAGUGGUGGCCAGAAAAGGAAGAGCUGCAGAUAUCUGACGCCCCUCAAUGGCACGAAAUACUUUCAUACGUGGACAACAUCGGAUCUUGGAAACGAGUUGGAGAAGGAGGUGUGAGGGGAUUCGGCGGUAUGGCAUUGAUCGACAAUAUGUGGCAGCUGAAUCGGUACCAGCUCCCGUCGAGUCUAGCCAGGAUUAGUUUCGCCCAUUUCUUACAUCGUCGAUGGAAACCAUACUGGCCAUUGGUGCGUGACGAGGCUACCAAGGGCUUCCACAAAGCUGUAGAAAUAGGAAAGCAGCGCGUCUGGAUACCGUUCAAAGGAAUAUACGAUGACAUCAUGAACAAAUCCCCGGGUAUCUUUUCUGCUUUUGGACUGGAAAUGGAAGAAAAGUCCUUAGAUCAUAUGCUGCGGGACAUCGGUUUCGGCGACGGCAAUCCAAAAGGUCGGCAAGCUGCUCUCCAAGCAGCUACAGAAGAAUACGAGGGUGCUUUUCAAAGCAGCUUACUUGCUAACGUUGUACAAGGCAGGUUCGCUCGUCUCAUGCUUGUGCAAGUGCAGCAGCUUAAAGUGGGAAUGCUUUCGGCACUGGAUACCAUUGACGUUUUGUUGCAGGGCAACCGGAUUCAUUUCCAAAUUUUAGCCGCCAUUCCCGCACUGAUCAUGGCCACCUACGGCACCCGACUGGUAGCGAGAUUUCUCUACAAUCUUCGGGCUCGCGACUUGCGACCGGUCACCGCGGUGCAUGCGGAAAUGGUGCAUCAUUUGCGUUGCGUCCAGGAAUUGUUGCUCCGUGAGCUAGCGGCCAAUGGUGCCGAAUCCGCAGGUAAUUCCGACGGCACGAUCGUGUUGGCGGAAGUGUUGGUUUCGGUACACCGAUAUUUGACCCUGUUGGAUUUUGGCUCACCACCGUUUUCCGCUGCCGAGUGUGACGCGAUCCAUGGGCGCCUCGUAGCUCUCGUACAGCAAGUACAGGAACAGCGCAAGGAUCGAAACGGAAUCUCAACGGAACACACCUUGGCAUGGUUGCGUAUGAUUCAAAACCAACACGACCGUUUACUGCGUUGA